AUGAAGAAAGAAUUAAGCGACGACAAGAGCCUCACGGGUGGAGAUCCGCGAAAACUGGAAAUGCGAGCCAUACUGGAAGACCCGAUCGGGCAGAAGUACAUCGGCCAGUUCGCCAAGAAAGUCAUGACACAGGAGUCAUUCUAUGCGUGGGUUGACAUCCAGGAGUUCCGUAGCAUCCCGACAGGGGACUAUCGGAGGGGAAAGUCGAUGCACAUCUACCAGAAGUACAUCCGAGAGGGCGCCGUCUUGCAGGUGGGGAGCAUCCCUGCGGAAGAGCGAGCAAAGAUCAAGCACAUAAUCGACGCCGGGGUGGUGGACAAAGCCGGGAACAAGAGCGGCAUCUCGACGGACAUGUUCGACUUCUUCCGGAAGGCGGUGUUCAAGGAGAUGUUCUACAACACCUUCCAGAGGUUCUCCGCCUCUCCCGAGUACGCCCAAAUGCACGCCGACAUCAAGAACGCCUACAACAAGGUAUGUCCAGACGACUUCCUGUACAUCGAGAGGAUCGGCGAGGGAGGGUUCGGUCGGGUGGUGCAUGUCAAGAAGAAGACCACCCAGUCGCACUACGCGAUGAAGAUCCAGCUCAAGACAGCGCUGCUCGACACGUUCAACGAUGACCCUACCCGAAUUGACCAUGAGAGGCGCGUACUGUCGGUGACACAUCACCCGUUUAUCGUGGGCAUGGACUACGCUUUUCAAACACCGGAGUUAGGGAUUAUGUGUCUCGAGCUUGUCACCGGGGGGGAUCUUCAGGAGGCGAUCGAUACGGCCCCGGAGGGAAGGAUCGAAGCGAAACGGGUUCAGUUCUACUCGGCGGAAAUCAUUCUGGCGCUGGUGCACUUGCACGACCUCGGGCUCAUGUACCGGGAUCUCAAGCCGUGCAACGUGCUGCUCAUGGGGGACGGGCAUGUCAAGUUGGCGGAUAUGGGCGGGGUGGCGGAAUUUGCAGACGGCACCUGUUUAGAGACAAACAAGGACAAGAAUCCCUUCACGGGGACGGAGAUAGGGUCGUUGCCGCAAAGUAAGUCCUCGGAGGACGGGCCUCCAACCCUCAACAACAAGCACCGCCGACGGAGUAUCAUGGGCACGCAAGGCUACAUGGCGCCGGAGAUGGUAAUCCUUCCAAAGCAGCCUCGAUCGGUCAGGGUGGGCUACUCAAACGCCGUGGACUACUGGUCCUUGGGCGUGACGGUGUUCAAGCUCUUGACGGGGAGUCGACCGUUCGACAGGCGGCGGUUUCAGGAGCUUCUUGAUACCAUUUCGUGGCCGGAGUACGUGGGGUCGGAGGCGAGGAGUGUCAUCUCCGGGCUUUUGGCCUGCAAAGAGACGGAGCGAUUAGGGGGCACCCCGGAGAACUUGCUCGCUCUGAAAAGUCACGAGUACUUCGAGGGGAUUGACUGGUUACGGUUAAGCCAGAGACACGUCCUUCCGCCGUAUCUUCCAAAGGUACCCCCCUUGAGAGAAGAACCUCUAUACCAGACGUUCGACCACCUCAUGCGGGAUUUCUACGCACAGCAGGAGAUGGAAAGUGCUACCAAGGACACUUACGAUUGGUUCGUGGCCCCCACGGAUGAGGACCAAGCCUUCUUCAACUCGUGGGACUUCGUUAGCAUGCACACGCUCAAGAUUGAGCUGGGGAUCAGCAGCGAGAUGGCUGUACACGACCAAAGCUUCAAGUGCUUAAGCUGA